AUGGGUCUCAUCAGAACUGCUCUUGUGGUCGGUGCGCUAAGCAAUAACACUGGUGCUGGACCAAAUUAUGACGGUCGGUAUACUCCGUAUGAUCGAUAUAAUCGAUACGGUAGGUUCGACAGAUUCGAUAGACUUGGCUACGGUUAUAUCCCUCCUCGAUAUCAACAAUACUACCAGCAACCACCGCAAGGACCGGUGGAAUACGGUCCACCACCUAGCCAAUAUUACAGAGAUGGACCGUCACCACCACAGGAGUAUGGCCCUGGUCACAGCAACUCCGCGAGACAAGUACCACUGCCACCACAACAGCAACAGCAAAAGCAAAAGCAACCACAAUGGGACCAGAAUUACGGAUACAAUCCUAAUUACUCUUCUGAAUACCAAUCUCCACCUCCUCAGCGUCAAUCUCCAUAUCCUGCUUCUGGUGGUCCUAACUCUUGGCCUAGAGAAGCACCCAGGGAGCCCUCGUCCGAAGGACAGCGGGCAGAUGCACCACCCCCGUAUUUCUCGCGGGACGAAAAGAAAUAG